ACUACCUCACCCCGCGAUAGCCGUCACUUCUUACCUUUGACAAUCCCACUUCAUUGUGUGGCGGUGGACUCGACAAUGACUGUCAAGGAGGAAACGUUUAUCCCGCUGUAUCGGACCUCGUCCUCUGGACGACCGCGAGGCCGCGCAACAAGACAAUGGCAAUUGCCAAUUUGUGCGGGGAUCUGUGCCGCGGCAAUUCUGCUGGUCGGAGCGAAUCCAAGGGAGUUGCUAUUGUCAACCAGUGCAACCACGCAUCACGAUUUCUAUGAUGGACUACAACAAUGCUAUGAUGCCGAACGCCAACUGCAUGUACCAGAUGCUGGGGACAGCUCAAGACAGAAUAAUCCCCGAUGGAACCCAGUCUCUGGACAAGCCACCCCGGUCGUUAUCCAAAAUGCGACCCUCUUUGACGGCGAGUCGACACUCUCAGACGCCGUAGACAUCUUCUUCGAGGCUGGUGUUAUCAUCUCCGUUGUUCCCACUGGCUCUGGUGAUGCUCCGCCCGCGAACGCAAACAUUAUCGACGUCCACGGCAAGCAUGUCACGCCAGGCCUAGUGGAUAUGCACUCUCAUCACCUGUUAAUGCCAUUUCCUCAAGUGGCAGCAACAAGUGACGUGAACGAGAAGUCACUCGGACCUAUUACUCCGUUUGUGCGCGCAAUCGACGGCUUCACGCCGUCCGAUCCAGCCAUUAGGAUUAUCGCAUCGGGCGGUGUCACCUCUUCGCUUGUUCUACCGGGCUCAGCAAACAUCGUCGGCGGUGAGGCAUACCCUAUCAAGAAUCUGCCCUUUUCAGGUGAACACGGUGAACUCAUAAUCGAGGAACUGCUCCUGGAGCACGGUAUCCCAGAGCAAGACCGCCAGCGGUAUCUUAAAAUGGCGUGUGGUGAAAACCCGAAACGCAAUUAUCAACAUACCCGGAUGGGUCUUGCCUGGCUGUUGCGGGAGAAGCUCGCAGAGGCACGCGAAAUCGAGCAGCGUCAGGCUGCUUGGUGUCGCGGAGCGUUGGAAAUCGAGCACACCAGGUUUGAUCGAGCUCGGCAUAUAUCACACUUUCUUGAACAACAAGGGCGGCGACCGGAUUCAUUCGAGUUGGCUACGUUCGUGGCCUUGAUAAGAGGAGAAUUGAAUGUGAAUGUUCAUUGUUAUACACCGGAGGAUUUGGAGCGUAUGCUGGCGGUACUCCAUGAGUUUGGCAUUCAUCCUCGAGCUUUUCACCAUGCCUUGGAAGCGUGGCAGGUGCCUGAGCUGCUGAAAAGUCUAGAGCCGAAUGUCACCGUUGCUACAUUCGCGGACAAUGCGCUGUUCAAGGCCGAGGCCUAUGAAGCGAAUCUGCGAGCAGGGAAGAUACUCAACGAACAUGGAGUGCGGGUUGCUUUCAAGUCGGAUCAUACCGGGGAGGAGAAUUAUGCCAAAUAUCUUCUCGACCAAGCCUCCAUUGCUCACUCCUUUGGCUUACCAGCCGAUAAGGCCCUACAGUCAGUCACCUCAGUUCCAGCCCAAUCAAUACAGCAGAGCCACCGCAUCGGAUAUCUUCGUCCGGGUUACGACGCCGAUAUUGUUAUUUGGGACAGCCAUCCGCUCCAAGUCGGUGCUACGGCUGUCGAGGUGUUCAUUGACGGACGUCCGUUGUUGCAGAAGGGAGACAUUGCAGAUGAAUCUUCUUCUUCCGGCGUCGAUGGUCUACAACGUGUACCAGAGACGCGACCGACGAUUGAUCUAGAUCAGCGGACUAAUGUCUGCUCAAAGUCGCGCCUCGUUUUCACUGGUAUUCAGAAAGCCCUGAUCGACAGCUCGAGUCUUGAUCAAGCGACCGAUGAUCUGGUCCUUGUGGUCGAAGACAACACACUUGCGUGUCUUGGUGCGAAGCAAACCUGCCUAAGGGGCGAGGACGAGGGAGUCACUGAGGUAGCGCUGAACAAUGGUUACCUCACUCCCGGACUGAUUGCCUUUGGAAACAACCUUGGAAUACAAGCAAUUUCGUCUGAGGAGUCGACAGGUGACGGAUCAAGUGGCCCAACUGGUGACAUUCUGAAUGAAGCAAAAAGCGUCCACUUUGCCAAAUAUGGCGCCCACCUCCAUGGGGUUGCAUUUGGCAGAGCGAGAAUUGGAGGAGUCACGAGAGCUAUCACCCCGCCGCAUGGCAGUGGACUUGUCCGAGGUGUCAGUGUGGGGUUGAGAACUGGACCCAAUGUGACGAUACUAGAUGGUGGAAUCUGGAAGGACGAUGUGGCGCUUCAUUUCGUGAUCGGGCAAGGGGCCAAAGACGGAGAUACCCCGACCGUUGCUUCGGAAAUUCAGACUCUCCGUCAGAUCUUGCAGGAGGGCAGCAAGAGCGACGCAGAGCAGCACGGCGUGUAUGCACAAGCUGCGGAUGGCUCCCUUCCGUUGGUGGUUGAGACAUACAAUGAGGACGACAUCGCGCAGUUGGUUUUGGUUAAACGAGACUUCCCUGCGACUAAUCUGAUUAUAUACGGUGGCCAUAGCGCUGCUCUCGUCGCCAAACCCCUAGCCGAAGCAGGCAUCCCAGUCAUCUUAACUGGCAACCUCGGGGCGCCCGAUAAAUGGGAGAAGAAGAAUGCGCUCCCGGGGCCGCCACUCAGCGACAGCUCAGCAAAGGUUCUGAUUGAAGCGGGUGUACAACUGGGUUUAGCGUUGCAAGGCGAUUCCAGACUCCACGGGUUGGCGCGGGAGGCGCGCUGGGCAGCUAAGCAAGCUGGACUGAGCGACAAGGAGGCUCUUGCGCUUGUAUCAUCCAACAUUGAACAAAUUCUGGGGCUCAAGAGUGCGGUCAAUGUUAGCCAAGCAUAUGCAGGUGAUUUUGUAUUGUGGGAUGGAAACCCAUUGCGCGGAGAAGGCUCGGUGGUGGUCGCUGUGCGUGAGGGCGGGGGAGUUAUGGAUUGCUGGCCGGAUUCUGGGAUCUAAAUCUUUGCUUCAGUGAUGUGCUCAUAGAGCAUAGGCUUUGACUGGAUGCAGAAGUGCUGUACUCGGUAUCUGACAGCCACCGUGGAGCUGCCCAUAGCCUAUUCGAGUACUUGCAGCAAGGGGCGCGGGGAGGGAGAGAGUGUGUGUUAAUUCGGG